AUGCUCCAGAGCCAGUCUCGCGCAUUCACAGCCGCCAGUCGGUUAUCAUCGAGAAUAUCAUGCCGGACAAUACACCAGUCCGGUUCCAUUCCCGAUCGACGCCUGUUUUCUCUCUUAGCCACAACCCGAUAUCAACCGUCGCGUCGAAGCAUACUUAACCUCGAAACCGCGUACCAGUCGAAAUGUUUCUCCUCCGCACCGGCAAGAUGGAAAGAGAAGCCUCCUCGGUCACCGAAAGAGCUCGCAGAUAACAAGGCUAGCGAGGAAGGAUCCGAAAAGAUUGAGCUGGAUGCUGAUCCGGACAGUGAAGUUGGAAAGGCGGCUAAAGUCAAGACCCCGGAACCAAUACCGCAAUCCGCAAAUAUUUCGAAAGAAGGACGCGGUACUUCUGCCGGUAGCGGAGUUGGGGAGAGUGCUCAAUCGGGAGGCUCCAGCGAAGGGGGUGGAAAGCGCCGCAAAGGCUCGAGUGACCGAGCAAUCGCGAAGCCUUCCGUUCCAGACGUGUACCCACAAGUCAUGGCGAUUCCGAUAGCGAAGCGACCACUCUUUCCAGGGUUCUACAAGGCCAUCACAAUCAAGAAUCCAGACGUCAUUGCGGCCAUCUACGAGAUGAUGAGCCGAGGUCAGCCAUAUGUUGGAGCAUUCCUCCUCAAAGACGACUCAGCGGACAAAGAUGUCAUCGAGAGCAUGGACGAUGUGCAUCAAGUGGGCAGCUUCUGCCAAAUUACGAGCGCGUUUGAUUCCAAGGGCGACGAACCAAGCUUGACUGCCGUGCUGUAUCCCCACCGAAGAAUAAAGAUGACCAGUCUAAUACCCCCGGCACGCGAUGGCGGUGAGACGGCCCCCAAAGCCGCUGUUACUGAAGAACCUGAGCCGAAGGAGGAACAGCCCGAGAAGCAGCUGGAGAAGAAGCCGGAGAAGGAGGAGGAAACAGACCGCAAAGGUGACGUCGUUGCUAGCUUCGAGGAAAGUGCUGCGAAAGAGGAACCAAAACAGGCCCAACGAUACGAGCCUACUAGCUUCCUCCGAGACCGCAAGGUCAGCUUAGUCAACGUGGACAACCUCGCGGAAGAUCCGUACGAUUUGAAUAGCCCGACCACGAGAGCACUAGUCAGCGAGAUUCUACAGGUGUUCCGAGAGAUUGCUGGCAUGAAUAGCAAUUUCCGAGAGCAGAUUGGCAACUUUGCUGUGAGCCACGGCCCAGGUAACGUCGCUGACGAGCCGAGCCGGUUAGCAGACUUCGCUGCCGCGGCAUCCUUUGGCGAUGCGAAUGAGUUGCAGGAUGUUUUGGAAACACUGCAAAUGGACGAGCGACUGCACAAGGCUUUGGUCCUUGUUAAGCAAGAACUUGCCAAUGCACAGUUGCAGUCAAAGAUCAGCAAAGAUGUCGACAACAAGAUUCAGAAACGCCAACGAGAGUAUUUCCUCAUGGAGCAGAUGAAAGGCAUAAAACGCGAACUCGGAAUGGAAAGUGAUGGCAAAGACAAACUGGUCGAGAAGUUUCGGGAGAAAGCAAGCAAACUGGCUAUGCCUGAAGCUGUCAAGAAGGUUUUCGAGGAAGAACUUAACAAACUGGCACAUCUCGAACCGGCCGCAUCCGAAUUCAACGUCACGAGAAACUACCUUGACUGGCUCACUCAGAUUCCGUGGGGACAGCGAAGCGCCGAGAAUUUCGGAAUUCAGCAUGCCAUGAAGAUCCUAGACGAAGAUCAUCACGGCCUGAAGGACGUGAAAGAUCGCAUCUUGGAAUUCAUUGCGGUUGGAAAGCUUCGUGGGACCGUUGAAGGCAAGAUUCUAUGCAUGGUUGGGCCACCUGGUGUCGGUAAAACGAGUAUCGGGAAGUCCAUCGCUCGCGCCCUGAACCGGCAAUAUUACAGGUUUAGCGUUGGCGGAUUGACUGACGUCGCUGAAAUCAAGGGUCAUCGACGAACCUAUGUUGGGGCGCUUCCGGGACGUAUCAUCCAAGCGUUGAAGAAAUGUCAGACCGAAAACCCUCUCAUUCUGAUUGAUGAGGUUGACAAGAUUGGCAGAGGCCAUCUUGGAGAUCCGUCCUCAGCAUUGUUGGAACUGUUGGAUCCCGAGCAGAACAACUCGUUCCUAGACCACUAUAUGGACGUUCCCGUCGACCUAUCCAAGGUCCUCUUCGUCUGUACUGCCAAUAUGACCGACACUAUUCCAAGGCCAUUGUUGGAUCGCAUGGAAAUGAUCGAGCUCUCAGGGUACGUGGCCGACGAAAAGAUGGCCAUUGCAGAACGCUACCUGGCGCCGCAAGCCAAGGAGAUGAAUGGUCUCAAAGAUGUCGACGUCGAAUUGGACAAAGACGCUAUUCAUGAGCUGAUCAACCGGUACUGUCGUGAAAGCGGUGUCCGGAAUCUGAAAAAGCAGAUCGAGAAAGUCUACCGCAAAUCUGCAUUGAAAAUCAUCCAGGAUAUUGGAGAAGAAUCCCUCCCAGAGGAGGAAGCAUUGACAGAUGAGGGGAAAGCUGCGCAAGAGGCUGCUGAGAAAGACAAGUCCGAUGUCAAAGAGACACCCGAGAACAUCGAGGAAACAACGACGGAAAAGCCAAGGCUCGCAAUGCAGGUCCCAGACACAGUCCACGUCCGUAUCUCGAAGGAUAAUGUGAAAGAUUAUGUCGGUCCUCCGAUCUUUACCACCGAUCGACUCUACGAAACGCUGCCCCCCGGUGUUGCUAUGGGCCUGGCCUGGACGCAAAUGGGAGGAGCAGCACUAUACGUCGAGACAAUUCUAGAGAGUGCACUGAAGCAUUCUUCCCGACCGGGACUCGAGCGCACAGGAAACAUGAAGGCUGUCAUGAAAGAAUCGACCUCACUGGCGUACACUUUUGCGAAGCACGUUCUUGCGAAAGACUUCCCCGAUAACCUCUUCUUUGAGCAUGCCAGAGUACAUCUUCAUCUCCCCGAGGGCGCAGUUCCUAAAGAUGGUCCUUCCGCAGGCAUCACCAUGGCCUCAAGUUUGCUCAGUCUGGCGCUUGAUACACCACUGGAUCCGACCAUCGCUAUGACAGGAGAGUUGACUGUCACUGGCAAGGUGCUCAGAAUUGGCGGCUUGAGAGAAAAGACUGUUGCAGCCAGGAGAGCGGGUGCGAAGAUGGUUCUCUUCCCUGCUGACAACAUGAGUGAUUGGCUGGAACUCCCUGAGAAUAUCAAGGAGGAUAUCGAAGGCAAGCCAGUCGCUUGGUAUUCCGACGUCUUCAAUAUCAUAUUCCCCAAUCUCGACCAAGAACGGGUUGGCAAGCUUUGGCAGAAACAGUUGGAAAAGCCGAAACGGCGGGACGACGAGGACCGCGGAUCCGAAAAGGACGAUUGAAGCUGCAUGUUUCUUCGUCGACGCGCAUUUCGCGAUGGCAGGCAACCUCCCGGUGCCCUAACGCUUGUUUCACGAUAGAUAACUGUACAAAAUCCCCUGUGUGCAUGGAACGGUGUUUUGAACAUUUUGAAAACUCCCUUUUGAGGAGCUAUCAGCGGCAUUGCAUAUAUCUCCGCUCAUGUAAAGACUCCUUUGCGCCCCGAAGCGCCGUGCACGACUUUAGCCUCCCGAUAAAA